CCAGCCGACUGUAGUUAAAUUAAAGUUAUUAAAAUAUUGGGGAGACGUUGAACCCGAUGUCUCCUGCGGAACAGCGGGCUUCCUCUGCCGCUCUGCUGCUAAAGUGUAGGUCACACGCUGCCUAACGACGCCUCUGUCGAUUUGCUGACAGGCGAGUCUCACUUCCUCUCUUUGACGGGACAGGUCUGCUCUUCCCGGUGCAAAAGCAAAGAGAGAUCAUGCGACCUCAUUAUCAUGUGCUGAAGACCAGUUUGUUGUGAGUUGUGUUUGACAGUAGUAGCAGCAGCAGCAGAGAUGAGGGCUGGAGGCGGAACGGAGGUUUUGGACAAAGCUGCAGCUGCCUGCAUCCUAACGCUGUGUUUUGGCUGUUUACACGUGAUCGCCCUCAAAUCACAACUUUUUACCAGACACGGUGGUUUGCCUUACUCCACCGAGGCCCCCAUCAGCUAUGAAACAUUUUACUUUGACCAGAAGAUUGAUCAUUUUGGAUUCCUGGAGAAUGGCACCUUUAAACAGAGGUACCUUGUGGCUGACAAACACUGGAAGCCCGGAGGACCUGUUUUGUUCUACACUGGCAACGAAGGCGACAUCACCUGGUUCUGCAACAAUACUGGCUUCAUGUGGGAAAUUGCGGAGGAGUUAGGUGCCAUGCUGGUUUUUGCAGAACAUCGUUACUAUGGAGAAUCUCUGCCAUUUGGACAAGAUUCUUACAGUGACAGCAAACACCUGAACUACCUGACCUCAGAGCAGGCUUUGGCAGAUUUUGCAGUACUGAUUCAAAACCUGAAGAGCACUUUACAAGGAGCUCAGCACAGCCCUGUCAUUGCUAUUGGAGGUUCCUAUGGAGGGAUGCUCUCUGCCUGGUUCAGGAUGAAAUACCCCAAUAUCGUUGUUGGAGCUCUGGCAGCCUCCGCACCAAUAUGGCAGUUCCCUGGUAUGGUGCCAUGUGGAGACUUCUACAAAAUAGUAACACAGGACUUCGCCAGAAGUGGCUCUAACUGUGAUGCAAACAUUAGAAAGUCGUGGAAGGCUAUUAAUAAUGUCUCUUCCACUGGGUCUGGUCUUCAGUGGCUGUCAGAGGAAUUCAGUUUAUGCACCCCUCUCAAAAGCGUGAUUGAUGUUAUAAACUUCAAGAACUGGCUUCAAGAGACUUGGGUGAAUCUGGCUAUGGUGGACUACCCCUACGAAGCUAAUUUCCUCCAGCCGCUGCCUCCCUGGCCGAUCCAGGUGGUGUGCAAGUAUCUUGGUUUCGACUCCACUGUGUCUGACCACCAGCUACUGCACGGUGUCUCCCAAGCAGCUAGGAUCUACUAUAACUAUACUGGAGGCUCUUCCUGUCUAAACACAUCUCAGACAGCAACCGGCAGCCUUGGUUUUCUCGGCUGGUUUUACCAGGCCUGCACAGAGAUGGUGAUGCCCAUGUGCACAGAUGGCGUCCAGGACAUGUUUGAGCCUUCGGAGUGGAACUUCCAGGCUUUCUCUGAUGAGUGUUAUGGAAUGUUUGGUGUCAGGCCACGGGCUGACUGGGCAGGCAUAGUCUACGGCGGGAAGGACAUCGCCUCUCACAGCAACAUCAUCUUCAGUAACGGAGGACUCGAUCCGUGGUCUGCUGGUGGGGUGACCUACAACAUCACGGAUUCUCUGGUUUCCAUUGUGAUUCCUGAAGGAGCCCAUCACUUGGACCUGCGCUACAGCAACGCCCGUGACCCUGCAUCAGUCCGCGCAGCUCGGGCAUUAGAGGUGAAGUAUUUCCGUGAGUGGAUCAGGAAGGCUAAAAAGACACCUUGAACUGCAUCAACCCUCUAGUCUCUAAAAGCAACAAAAUCUUAGCCAACUAGGAUAUCCUCGAAAUGUAAGAUUUCUCUUUGAUCUGAGUGACAUGGUAUUUCAAAGGGUGCUCUCUCCUUCAUUAGGCCAAAGAUUGACCUUUUUAAUCAGUUGGAGAUAUUUUUUUAACAUUAAAUUAAUACAUUUUUAUCACUCUUGAUUUAAAUUACACUGUCAAUCGCUUUUUUUUUCAAUUUAAUCUUAAUCACUAUGCUGGAGUAUCAACUACAACUUUGUUUGACCUAAUAUGACACACUCCAUUUCUUUAUGCCAAACUAUAAACUUCCAAGGGCUUGGAAACAGAAAGGUGCUGUAAUAUGAACAAAAGUGGGAUCUGUUUGUGAAGUAAAAAAAACAACUGUUUAUUCAUCUCAUCACACUAUAUAUAUCAUAAAACUCAGUCAUCCUCAAAUUGACACCACCUUAGGUGUUUUAUGUUGCCAUUCUUGUCGAUGAGCCAUUGUUGUUAUUUGGGUGUAUUUGUUCUUUCAAAAUAAGUGUAUGUUGUAAUAUGUUCUUAACACGUAAAUGAGUCUCAGGAGAAAAGUUGGCACCAAAUAUAGGGAAAACAAUUUUUUUUAAAAAGAUUUCUGCUGAGUGUGAUAUUGAACUUAAUUUGUUGUUGCUCACAGAAGAACAGUGUCUUCCUCACUUUUUAAGUUUUUAAAAACUUUUUUAAGUUUGCUGUUUAUCUUGUCUUUUACCAAAAUUCUUUACAAGCUGUCAUUACCAAGAAGCACAUCCACCAGUGAAACUGAUUAAAAAGCUAGCAACGGCA